UCUGAUCCGCCUCCUCCCACAGUGCUUCGCCCUGAGUGAGUUGCUGUGGUUUGGCUAGUGGAGAAUCUGAGAGGGGUGUAGCAAGGGCGGAGGUACGGAAUACAAUGCCGAAUAAAACGAAAAAGGAAAAGGAAAAGGAUUCGUCAAAAUCUAGCAAAGUGGGCAAAAGUGGAGGAGGACAGGAUAACUUGCAGCAUGAGCAGGGCUCCAACAGGAAGACCGGGAACAGCAUCCCUCCAACCACUCAGCUGCUCAAGGGCAAGCAGCCGGGCUCCCAGACGCCCGUGAAGAAGGACAAGCGGCAGAGCUCGUCUCGCUUUAGCUUGAGCAACAACAGGGAGCUACAGAAGCUGCCUGCUUUCAAAGAUGUCCCCCCUGCUGAGCAGGAGAAGCUCUUCAUCCAGAAGCUGCGGCAGUGCUGCGUCCUCUUCGACUUUGUCUCGGACCCACUGAGCGACCUGAAAUGGAAGGAGGUGAAGAGGGCGGCGCUGAGCGAGAUGGUGGAGUACAUAACCCACAACAGGAAUGUCAUCACCGAGCCCAUCUACCCCGAAGUGGUUCACAUGUUUUCCAUCAAUAUGUUCAGAACGUUGCCGCCAUCAUCCAACCCGACAGGCGCCGAGUUCGACCCCGAGGAAGAUGAGCCCAACCUGGAGGCUGCAUGGCCACAUCUACAGCUUGUCUAUGAAUUCUUUCUACGCUUCUUAGAGUCCACAGACUUUCAACCUAACGUAGCCAAAAAGUAUAUUGACCAGAAGUUUGUAAUGCAGCUCUUAGAAUUGUUUGACAGUGAAGACCCCAGAGAAAGGGACUUUUUAAAGACCACUCUGCAUCGCAUCUAUGGCAAGUUUCUGGGCCUGCGAGCGUACAUUAGGAAGCAAAUUAAUAACAUAUUUUAUAGCUUCAUUUAUGAGACAGAACAUCAUAAUGGAAUUGCAGAAUUACUGGAAAUAUUAGGCAGUAUAAUCAAUGGAUUUGCUUUACCUUUGAAAGAAGAACACAAAAUAUUCCUUCUCAAAGUUUUGCUGCCAUUGCACAAAGUCAAGUCGUUGAGUGUUUACCACCCGCAGCUGGCCUACUGUGUGGUACAGUUCCUGGAGAAAGACAGCACGCUCACUGAACCGACAGUGAUGGCUUUGUUAAAGUACUGGCCAAAGACCCACAGCCCCAAAGAAGUGAUGUUCCUUAAUGAGCUCGAGGAGAUCCUGGAUGUCAUUGAGCCGUCUGAGUUUGUCAAAGUAAUGGAGCCCCUCUUCAGGCAGCUGGCCAAAUGCGUGUCCAGCCCGCACUUUCAGGUGGCCGAGCGGGCGCUGUACUACUGGAACAACGAGUACAUCAUGAGCCUGAUCAGCGACAAUGCCGCCAAGAUCCUGCCCAUCAUGUUCCCCGCCCUGUACCGCAACUCCAAGACACACUGGAACAAGACUAUUCAUGGCUUAAUUUACAACGCGCUGAAGCUCUUCAUGGAGAUGAACCAGAAACUCUUUGACGACUGCACGCAACAGUUCAGGGCGGAGAAAAGCAAAGAGAAAGCCAAAUGGAAGGAGCGAGAAGAAGCGUGGCUCAAGAUUGACAAUCUUGCCAAGUCCAACACACAGUUUCUGAUGUACACUAACCCGACGGGCUCAGGCGAUUCGACGGACAUGGAGACUGAUGGGCCGCUGCUCGACGAUGUCAGCCUGCUGGAAAGGAGGAUAGCAGAGGAGGCUACACAGUUGCAGAGAGACCAGCGACGGGAGCGUCCAUUGAUGCGGAGGAAAUCAGAGCUGCCUAAAGACAUCUCCACAGUCACGGCCUUGGAGCUUCAUCGGAGAGCUGAGGAGAUGUUGACCACACACGAUGGCCACUAACUGGCCGAACUGCAGCAUCACAAGACCUGCCACCAUCUUGACCCAGCCCAGCACAACACUUCAGAAACCCUCUCACCUUCCACCUCCUCACCUGACACAAAGAAGUUUCUCAAACAUGGCACCUUGACCCGGAAUGGAGUGGCGCUGGGUCCUUGCACAUCAAAUUCUGUUUAUUUUUGUUCCUCUUCCUCCUAUCUUCUCUGCCAUCCUUGUCUUUUGUUUCCAGCAGAGCGCCAGUUUUCGGGGUGCUGUGCUGCCACCUUCUGGUAAUUUCUCUCAGGUGUUUUGUUCCUCGUGUGUCUACCGAGAUGUCAGGUGCUUUUGCCAAAAACCCCAAGCCCCAAAAAACGAGUCCCAUCCCGUCUCCAGAUGACAUGUCCAGUUUAAUGCAAUAUUUUUUUUUAACAUAAUAUAUGUUGAUUUUAAAAGUUUAGUUCUUUAUUGUUAGACUACAAAAUCUGACAAAUGUGAGUCCCACUUCACAUUUCAUCAACUAUUAUAUUUCACCCGGAAUCAAUACUGUAUGCAUAAAUAUACUUUAGAGUAGUCCAUGUACAGCUUGUGCAGCAACAUACGUGCAUUAUUGUUUAAAUAUUUGGCAACAAUUGAAUUCACCAAUUUAAUUUCAACAAAAUCUAAACAAUUCAAAUAAUGAUAUAUAAUAUUUUCAACAACAAAAUAAUUACAAUAGUAAUAUUAAAGCCAAAACUAAAAUAAACAUGGUCUUUUUUAAAUUGUCCUGCCACAUCACUCAGAUAAUGAUGAUUAAAUCAAUGCAAUAUUUAGUCACCUACUACUUGAUAGUGUUAAGUGUCUUAACACGUUUUUAAUGUAUUUAAUAAACCACAACUCCCCCAUUGGCACUGUCAUCUCCCAUGUUAAACUGUAUGUAAGACACUAUUACCUUGCGAUUUUUGUUGGAAAUCUCUGUUCCACCUGAGUAAACCACAUCUUCCCACGGCAUCACUAGUGCACACUAACACAGCCACACUUGGUUGUUGGCAAGACACAAUUAUUAUUUUGCUCCUUGCUUAUUCAACUAGCUAACCGUGACCAUACACUCUCAGGUAGCACUCAUGCAUCCCCAAACCCUGAUGCUCCCACCACCAUGCUACACAGCUGGUGGGACACAAUUAUAUUGCUGCUCACUUGUGUUGAAAUUCUUGUUUCUCCACAAUGAACCACAGCUCCUCACUUGUGCACGCUACCACCGGCAUUUGUUGCUAUUUAGACAAUGGUUGACUCACAUUUAUGAAUAGUGCCUAUAUUUUUAGCUAAAGAAGCUGUACAGUGACUACUCCAAAGUACAUUUUUGUCCCUUAAAAUGAUGUAUGUCUGUAUGUCUCCGAUUGCUUACACAGCAUCCAGUACAAUCUACCCAAGUGAGCAUCGGAGAGAUGCUAAAUGAGUGACUCUUCUCCAGCAGGACACCCCAAGCCCCCAGCCCACCCUCCCUUUUGCUUGUAUAUCGGUCAGCAGGGACAAGACUGCUUAACACAGGAGGUACGUUUGCUUCUGAAACGCCUUUUUAUCGCAGUGCCUUGGAUAAAAAAAAAAAAAAGGUCUGUGGGUAUGUCUACUGGACUAGCUGUAAAAAUGUUCCAGAAAUGAAAAAAACCAACACACAACUUGCAUAAAAUCCCCCAGCAACUUAAACUGACAAAGCACUUCCUGAUGAAACUUGAACAUAAAAGAAACUAAAACUUGUUAGAUCAAUCAAGCAACAAGCAACUUGUUGUUCCUCCUUUGACUCCAAGACCAUUCAGUCUCCCACGUGCGCCCCUUUUAGCUGAAUGUGCAAACUAAAUACAACUCUGUGUCUUUUCUCAUUUUCAUCAGUAUUGUUUUUGUUAUCCCAAACGUUAGCCCUUCCCUGCUGGUUGCUGUCACCCUGCCCCUCCCAAAAUGUUUUUUUUGUAUAGAGGCUCUUAUUCAACAUAAACUUGUGUUUUCUUUCUAGACAAACAAACAGAUUGUUUCUAGUGUCCUUUAGUAUACAUGUAAUACUAAACGACUGAUGAAAUGUUGUACAUAUACUUUAUUUUACCUUAUUAAUAAAUGUUUAGAGGUCAUAUUUUGUAACAAGAACAAUCCAUUCUCCCUCCUGUUUACAGAACACACAGGAAAUAGUCAACAUUCAUAAGUUGUAUAGUUUAUUUUUUGUCAUCACUUCUUCAAGCUCUCCUGCAUACAUAAACCUUUUUUGUGUGCUUUUAUCCAAAAUCUCUAGUGAUGUACAUCUAUCUAUAUUCAGAAAAUAAAGUGAGUUUUAUAUUUUCAUCCUAAGGCACAA